AUGUCACUCUCGGUCGGUACACUCAACCUCAAGUUUAUGCAGCGGGCUGCGGCCCAAAAGGCCGUCGCAUCCGGCACCGCAGCGCCGGCAGUGGUCGAGCUGCCCAAGGGCGUCGACAAGGCCGAGGAAGAAGCCAAGUGGGUGCUUCCCGCGCGUUCAAGACCGGCCACCUCCAAGACAGCCGCUUCUGCCACGACCAAGCCCAGCUCCAGCACUGCCAGCGAGGCCGGGCCAUCGCGUCCGAAGGUCCAGUUUGUGGCCUCGUACAUGCCCUUUGUGGAGGACCCCGUCGGUGCGGCGUCUGGGUCCGCUGUCUCGGGCGGCGGGCGCCGUGCGUUUGGCGGAUGGGGCGACAAGCCCGCCGCGGCCGACGACGACGACGAGGAUAUGAGCGGUGCCGAGGACAAGGCCCACAGCGACGACGAGGUGGACGCGCAGACCAUCAGGCGGAAGAACAAGGGCAAGGCGAGGGACGACGGCAAGCGCGCCCAGCCGAUCCCAGAACACAUCCUCCAGCGCACCGCCUCGCGCAUGUCGCGUAUCGCCACACCCGAGCCCGAGGACUUGCCCGAGACGACGUUUCGCAAGCCGGCCGGGUUCGACGAUGCGGCGCCCAAGAGGAGCAACAGCAGGAAGGGCGGCAGCAACAAGUCCCACUCGAGCUCACCGGCGCCCGGCGCACCGCCCAAGCAGUCGCUGUCCGUGGCCGACCGGAUGCGCGCGACCAUCACGAGCAUGAAGAACGUCGCGGUCGGGAACGGCAGCAGCAGCAGCAAGGGCAAGAAGCGCGCGGCCGGCGACGAGGACGGUGACGGGUCGUCCCCGCCCGCGCCGGCAAGUGGCGAGAGCGCCGACGGUGCCGCCAAGCGGGCCAAGGUGGACAAGAAGAAGGCCGUCGCGGCGCCUGUCAAGGACAAGGCCGAGAAGAAGUCGGGCGGGCCCAAGCUGUCUGCCAUUGACGAGCGGGCCAAGGCGCUCAAGGCCGCUGACAAGGCGGCCAAGAAGGCGGCCAAGACGAAGGGCAAGCAGUAG